GGCGUUUUCCCCUAUCAGCGACCAAUGACGUUCGAUAACUAAGCAGACCUCACUCCCCGCAUCACCAUUUCACUUAGCUGGAGAUGCACCAGUUAAGAUCUCGCAAGACCAUCGCAAGACCUCCCAGUUUCACAACAAAAGAGAGGCAUUUAUCACAGAGAACCAUGCGACAGAACAAGUUACUGUGCUAACAACAAGUCAAACCAUUUCUAUCUCUACCUCUUCGUUGCAACAAUAUCGAUUGUAUAUCUGGGGUAUCUUCAGCCAGCUUCACAAGCUACUUUGGACAAUAUCUUUCGCCCACACGAGUCAAAAUACACGCCAUAAUGGACGACGACGACAGCCAGACAUCCGUGGUCCACACCCCUCCGCGACCUUCCACUAGACGGCCUAAAGGGAUCCUCAAGAACUCCUACAGCAACUCUCCAUCGUCCCAUGCGCCCGCCGCAGUCUCUCCACCACCUGCGGCACCCCCAGUAGAAGCUCGCAUCGACCGCCGUUCAGUUGAUACCACCCACUCCGAUAAAGACAUAACUCUAUACAACACAGCCCUCAAUGCCGGACACCGCCGCGCUUCGUCCUCAGCCUCUCGCCCCGGUGGUGCUCGUCGCCGAUCAUCGCUCUCCUCCAACAGCGCAUCCGGCACUCCGGUAGACGAUACAUCAAUGCGCCUCAAAUGGGACGAGGCAAACCUAUACCUUACCGAGCAGGAGAAGAACUCAACCAUGAAGAUCGACGAGCCGAAGACUCCAUAUGCGCGUCGCUACGACCCCGAUGAAGAUGCGGACGAGAUGCGUGCCCUAGACGCAGAGGACAUCGUUGUGGAUGAGCUCGAUAAAGCGCAGCACCCAAGAAAAAUACACCGUGUUGCCCGUGAAGAUGAGAUCCCAGGAAUCGAGCUAGGCGAGCCUGAGGAGGCACUUCCAGAAGCUGGGCGCAUGGAGCGGAGCGGCAGCACAGGCAGCGCGAGCGGCAAGGCCGUACAUGUGAGAGAUCCAGCGCACGUGGACAAUGUCGGGGUGAGUGAGGAGGAGAAGGAGAAGCACCGCCGUUUUGAGGCGAUGCGAAAGAGGCACUAUGAGAUGAGAGACGUAGCUAGCCAUUUAGGACAUGCCGAGGGGUUGGACCCGGAUGAUGAGGAUCAAGAGAUGAAUGGAGGCGCACAAUGAGCGUUGGAUGAAGUGCGCGCCGUGGUUGUGGUGACAGUAUUGGUGAUAUAGCGCAGCACUUCAGUGUCCUGUCGUUAUUAUGGUAUUUCUGCGAUUGUGUUAUGCCUGCCAACGUUGUCCGCCAUUGAACCCAGCCAUAGGCGGCGCAACGGCAGAGGCAGAAUGCAGAUAUCAAGGGAUCAACAUCGAGCCAGAGUUGCUGGAAUGGAAACAUUUGACUUUCUACUUUGGACGUUAUGCUAGUUGCUUGUAACUAUUUGGCGAGCUUCAUAUGGUGGUGGCGCUGUUUGACUCACGUCGCCAGCUUUGGAGAAGAUAGAAAUAAGAUUUUGCGUAGGAUUUGUCAACAAGACCAUCUCAUCCUCCGCUGUCACAUUGAUGUCGCUCCUGGACCACUAGGAAGCAUCCCUGUAAGUUGCUCCAGCCGCCGUGACGAUGUUUGUCAGAAACCAACGAUGUCGCUCGUUUGGGACAGUUAUUUUCCGGUCGCGCAAGUCUCAAACUGCGAUAUUAACGAAAAGCAUCGACUUUCAAUUCUCAGGUAUUCCUCAAACGCCCAU